GCGGGGAGUGGAAUUGGCCGGACCCCUGGCCGCGCCAUGCGCAGCACAACGCUGCUGGCACUGCUGGCCCUGGUCCUGCUGUACUUGGUGUCGGGUGCCCUGGUGUUCCAGGCCCUGGAGCAGCCCCACGAGCAGCAGGCCCAGAGGGAGCUGGGGGAGGUCCGAGAGAAGUUCCUGAGGGCCCAUCCAUGUGUGAGCGACCAGGAGCUGGGGCACUUCAUCAAGGAGGUGGCUGAUGCCCUGGGAGGGGGUGCAGACCCUGAAACCAACUCAACCAGUAACAGCAGCCACUCAGUCUGGAACCUGGGCAGCGCCUUCUUUUUUUCCGGCACCAUCAUCACCACCAUCGGCUAUGGCAACGCGGCCCUGCGCACUGAUGCUGGGCGACUCUUCUGCAUCUUUUACGCGCUGGUGGGGAUUCCUCUGUUCGGGAUCCUGUUGGCUGGGGUCGGGGACCGCCUGGGUUCCUCCCUGCGUCGGGGUAUCGGCCACAUCGAAGCCAUCUUCCUGAAGUGGCACGUGCCACCGGAGCUGGUGCGGGUGCUGUCCGCGGUGCUCUUCCUAUUGAUCGGCUGCCUGCUCUUUGUCCUAACGCCCACGUUCGUGUUCUGCUAUGUGGAGGGCUGGAGCAAACUGGAGGCCAUCUACUUCGUCAUAGUGACGCUCACCACAGUGGGCUUCGGUGACUAUGUGGCCGGCGCCGACCCCAAGCAGGACACCCCAGCCUACCAGCCACUGGUGUGGUUCUGGAUUCUGCUUGGCCUCGCCUACUUCGCCUCCGUGCUCACCACCAUUGGGAACUGGCUGCGAGUGGUGUCCCGCCGCACCCGAGCUGAGAUGGGCGGCCUCACGGCACAGGCCGCCAGCUGGACCGGCACGGUAACGGCGCGGGUGACCCAGAGAGCGGGGCCCACCGCCCCGCCGCCUGAGAAGGAGCGGCCGCUCCUGCCUCCGCCUCCAGCCCCAACGCAGCCUGUUGUCCGUCCCCUAUCCCCUGAGCCCACUGAAAAGGUCGAUCCGCCUUCCCCUCCGACGGCCUCCGCCCUGGACUACCCCAGCGAGAACUUGGCUUUCAUUGACGAGUCCUCGGACACACAGAGCGAGCGCGGCUGCGCGCUGGCUCGAACACCCCGGGGUCGCCGCCGCCCCAACCCUCCCAGGAAGCCUGCGCGGCCCCGGGGCCCCGGGCGUCCCCGGGACAAAGACCCCAAGGCUUUCUGUGUUGCUGCCCCGCGGGGCCUGUCCCUCACAACACCUCACGACUGUGCCUCAAAGCCUGGAUCAAUAAAUGAAAAUAUUGUGCACCGCUGCGAGCCUGCGCGCUCCGGGGACGCGAGUGGGUGUGGGCGCGCUGGAGUGAGGCAGCUGCGGGACACGGCAGGGCGCCCCCCCUCCCCGUGA